AGUGUAUUAUACUGCGACACAAGUUCUGAAAAUGUUGUUUCCCCUAAAACGAUGAUUUUUCUUCUUGCCAUUUUAAAUUUAACUUAUGGACUCAGGCGACUGCGCCACGCUGUGCGGACAAGUAGCUCUCUCAUGAGAUUAAACUUGAUAUUUGGCAGCACUUUUUGCUGUUUGUACAGAGUCCUUGACGACUUCUUCAUUAGUUUUACUUCAUCAUUUGUUGACUCUAAUACAGCAUCAGCAGUACACACAAGAUAAAUAUUCAAAACAGUGCAGUACAUUUAGUAUUUUAGUAUUUUUCGGUGUGUGACAAAUCUUUUGUUAUUCCCUCCUUCACCGCCUGUUUUGAAUAUUACCCUCAUUCAUCUGUGUCUUCUUUAUUAACCCCAUUGCUAAAUUACCGACUUCUAUAAAGGUAACAAACUAAAUUACCAUUAUCCCCACCCCGAAUGUCUCUUAUCCAAUAGGAAGGCGGCAAGGGCGUGGAGGCGUAAUGUUUACGUCUAGCCUGCUCAGAAGUGGGACAGAGUGCAAACCGCACCUGUCAUAAAGUGGGAUAUAGAGGUACGGUGCGUCCAAUGAGCCACUGCAAGACCGUGUACAGGAAAACUUCUGUAAGGUAAGGACUGUUAUAACUGUUGUUAGAUGUAGAUAUUCAUAGUGGAAUGGAGAGUUGUUUUUCUAACUUUUAGAGAAAAGAUAGGGGAAAACAACUAGUGUGUCACAUGCACAGAAUGUCAACAGAAGGCAAUAGGUUUAUAACAUUAACUUACUUUCAGAGAUGACUGAAGACAGUCCACGCAUAAAUUCGCUUACUGAUGUGGACUACUCAGGAGGGACAAACUGUGGUGUUUCUGUGUUUGAGAAGAAAAUCUUUCAAGUAAAGGUUUAUUUAAAAAAUCUUUAAAUAUCUGACACUUAGAAAACAUUGAAGACUCUGUCACAGUCCUGUGUUAUACUGCAUUGAUAUAGCAGUCAAAAGUAUGGUUGAUAGCUACUGUAAUGUGUCUUCAGGGUUGUCCAGAUGAUGCAUUUACAGUAUGUAGGGUAAAGACCAAUUAAAUUGAGACUAGCUCCAGACUAGCUAAUCUAAAUUAAUGGUAGUUAUCUCCUGCACCUGCUUGCAAAGCAGUCACCAGCUGCUGCGUUUAAAGGAGGCAUUAACAGAGACAUGCUAUCAGGUGGAGGCACAGGGUGUGGAGGAAGUAAAGACCCUUAGUGUAUUACAAUAUAAGAGCCAACACAUAGGCUAAUCCUUUUUAAAGGGGAAAAAAGAAGUUUUUAUCCCCUUAUUAGUUUGAACGAUUUAUAGUUGAACAAUCCACUGCAAAUUGGACUUGGAAAGAAGGUUGUUUCAUUGCAUUUCGUAAUAGAAACCACUUGAUAGAGGCCAAAUUCCUAGCUUGUUCUUGUCACCGUAAUUGCGUCAACUACAGCAACUUCAUUGAUUGUUUUAUCUCCACAGAAACAACACUGUUGACAAUGCAAAUGUAGUUAUCAGAGCUCACUCUGUUGUUUUCAUGCCAUUCCUGAAGUCACAGUGGUGCAAACUUUGACCUAUAAUUUCAUUUCAAUUAGUAAAAGAUCAGCCAUUGAUGAAAAAAACUCCACAGGAUUUUUAACCAUUCCUCCAAAAAUACACCCUAAUGUCAGAGGAAGUUAAUGAAAUGACCACACACUUAUAAAGUCAUUACAGGCCAGAUGAGUACACAAAGAUAGGAUAAUGUUUGGUUUAUGACCUCUUCACACUGCAGUCAAUAGGUCAUGUGACCUUAUCUGUGUAUGGGCUCACCUACAGACAUGUUGCCACAGUGGCAAAGCACAGGGCUCGGUUUAAAGGUGAAACAAGUCCAUGGAAACACCUCGUGCUGCCAAAUGUGGCAUAUGGGCUGGAUGGAAAAAAGGAGAGCGAGCACACAGGGAUCAGUCUGUAAGUGUGCAGGAGGUUUCUUACCAGGAGUUCUUGCUGCUUCAAAACUAAUAUAGGACCUGGUGAGAGAAGAAGAGGUCAGUAAGGAAUGUUGCCUCACCAGUGUGUCAGCUGACCUACUUUUAGCUGCUUAACAAGUUUGGUGGAAAUAUGAGAAAAAUGCACCCUUGUAACAACAUGUUUCAGAUAUUUGAGACCUCAUUAUGCAGCUGGUUGAAAUGAGUUAUUCAUAGAAAAACCUCUUCUUAUCUGAAAAGAGUGUCAUUGUUUUGCCCCCCUCUAUGGCUGCUAGGUUAGGUGAAUGAGUUUUUAAAUAUGUACGUGCCCAAAAAGAAUAAGUAAGCUUGGAAAUGUACUUCAUCAGCACUGACCUUAUUUGACACACAAAAAAAGAACAUCCUCACUCUGCCCUUGGCCAGCUGGUGUUAAGGUGUCUGCUCUGCUGUCCACAGAGCUGGCAUGUUGAGAAGGGGCAGGAAUGGCCGGGCUCGACAUGUGGCCUCAAGCGAAGCACGGCACGAGACAGAUGCCAUGGCAGUUAUCCAGACACCGGACAGAGAGGACUGGGAGGGCAGGAUCAUGACACAGGUGAGAUAUUUUGGGUGGGCUUUUUGGAGGUUGAAGAAAAUAGGGCAGUUAAAAAUCUGUAAUAUAAGAACAGUUCAUGAUGAGACUGUUUCAGUCUUUUUGAUCGGUGUAGAUAUUACUCCUUAUUCUUGCAUUGACUAUCCCUCUUAGUUUUAUCUUAUCAGAAAAGUGUGACAGUUACAAGGAAAUUGUCACAACCGCAGAAAACUCAAAGGCUAGCACCUGAUUGGAAAUUAUCUGUUGAACAAAGAGACCAAAAAGCAAAAACAAAAAAAAAAACUAUUUUAAAGAGUUCAAGAUAAAAUGUCCAAAGAUACAGAUGAGAACACAAAAGAGCAACUAGUAAAAUCCACAAGGAAGCACAAGACAGUUAGAUGCAAAUAUGAAGUCACAGGAAAGGUUGACAAAACUAACUGACCUAGAAAAUAAGCACACAAACUCUAAAUACCCUCAGGGUAAUCAAACACAGGUGUGAGUGCUAGAUACGGAUGUAACUAGUGAGGUUAAUCAAGCUCGAGGGACACUGCAAAAUAAAGCAGAUGAAGCUAGAACUACACACAGGGGUGUUCCUGAGUUUGACAGGGGGGGCCAAACUGGGUCACUGACUUUUACAGGGUGGCAUGAAGUAUGUGCAUAUGCGCGCACACACUUACUGACACACAUUCACUGACACACACACACACACACAAUUAAUAUCUUUGUUGACCCUAUUUCUCUACACUACUUUUAUCUACCAGUGAUGUUUGUCUAAAACUUAAAGAGGUAUUUACAAAAUUGAAAUGUGCUGAAAUGAAAUGCAAGAGAAAACUGUCAGCGGGAUGUCUGAAAAAUAUCAGCAUUUACUGAUUUUAACACAAGAUCUCUAAACAAGGAAAAAUCUGGGCACAGUUCAGAAUUUUAAGGUGGCAUUAGAUACACCGCUUUUUGAGCAGGGUGCUCACUUUUACAAUGAAAUACUUAUUACUUAAAAACUUAAUUAAUGUUUGUAUGUUAAAAAAAGAUUAAAAAAUAAAAGGAAAAAAAUACACAAUACUAUGUAAAGACAACAAUAAAAAUGGAUGUACCUGUAAAAACAUAAACAUCAGAUUGUAUUACUUUCAGUUUACAAUAGUCGUGAUGAUGUGCUACUAACAAAAAAUCCUCUUGUACAGGUAUGACAGUAAAUGAGAAUUAUUAGAUCAAAAACUGAAAUAAUUUCACAGUAUGUAAAUAAUCAAACGUAGACUUAAGAGAUCAAAACCUAAAUACACAUAUUUGAUGCACAUUCAGACUUCGUGUGUCAUAGAGCACUUUACAAAGGUGGAAAAAUAGAGCCAAUAGACUAUACAAUCAAAGGUUAGGAAAUGAAAACAUUUAUAGGAUGUAAGAGUUAUCAGUUUUGAGGAAAUCGAAUCAAUCAUCCCCAGUGUGGCUCUUUAAUUGGUCUUCAUUAUGAGAUGUAUUUUGGACUGCAGAAAGAAGAACUUACACGCCUUAUCACUCGAUGUGAGAGGUGCUUGAUCCAAAGGAGAGGGUAGAGGCACGUGAAGGAUUUCUGUCAGUAGUUUUCCACUGGGACUGUCCCCUGUCUGAAAAGGCUGUGUGGAAGACCAGGUCAGGCCACCAAAGGCCCGCGCUGGGGGUCUUGGUAUAUUUGGAAGGGGUCUAAUUUUACAGGAAGGAACACGUGUUGUCUUUAACCAAUGGGAAGCAGUAGCAGCUUUUAGGGAAAAGGUUGGCUUGGUGAGUGUUUGAAACAUGGCAUAAGGAGUCAGAUGGCUCUCAUUCUGGACUUUAGAUAGUUCAGCGCAGCAUCCAGACAGGACAGUCUCUGUUCCUCUUAACAAAACGGCCUCAUAAAAUCCCCAGACUUGCUCCUCUACUUGAUCUAAUUCCUUUUCCUCCCUACUGAGCCAACAUCCCUGCCUGGACUAUGGCCACAUCUAUGGACUUACCAGAUGCUGUUUGCAAUGUUUGUGUCAACCAGAUCAGCGACCCACAAGAGUCAGAGGUGGAUUAUCGAGCUGGGUCUCAGGUCGUAUCAGAGGAGGUGGCCCUGCCCAGCACAGACCCGGUGAUAGGGGAGUCCUUCUGCCAGUGUGAGCGACAGGAAGAGUUCAUCCCGGGCUUUGGCGUCACCAAUGACUGCCUCUGUGGGGAGGAGGAUCAGGGUGAGCAGAACCUAUAAACGCAUGAGGGUAGGCUGUAAGUAAUAGUUUUGUUAUACAUACAGUGUGCAUAGAGUAUGAACUAAUAAAGUCUGGGUCUGUGCCUUCAGGUUUCGAUUGGGUGUGGGAUGAACACUUCAAGUCUUCUGGAGCUUUCCUCAGCUGUGACAGCAGGAAGGUAACCUUUCACUCAGACUACAGCUGCGGCACAGCAGCCAUCCGUGGCAGCAAGGAGCUCACAGACGGCCAACACUUCUGGGAGGUCAAGAUGACGUCUCCGGUCUAUGGAACUGACAUGGUAGGUAGCAGAAACUUCAGUUCCUCCAGUAUCAGGAAGAGGCUCAAACAAACCUCUAUUACGUCUAAUAGACAAGGAGGAUUUUAACUAUUUCUGUUGAUUUACUUUGCUGGAUGCUGAUUUUCUCUUUUCAUGAUGCAGAUGGUGGGAAUUGGUACCUCUGAGGUGAAUCUGGAGAAGUUCAAGUACAGCUUUGGCAGUCUGCUGGGCCAUGAUGAGGACAGCUGGGGGUUUUCAUACACAGGUCAGAGGACAUGAAUUAUCAGUUUUCUUGAAGAAAGAUGCAAACUUUUCCUUCUAGUGGAAGGAAGUAUGCUGAGAGUAGAGCUCUCAACCUCAGUGCAAUUUAGAGUUACUUGUACUUUUUUUUCAAUAUAAUUGAGCUUUUUCAUGCCAGUAGUUAGAGGAAAGAACAGUUAAUAGAGAAAACUGUGAAGAAAGAGCAGGUGGUGAUAAGUAGCAAGGUCCGUGGGUCAGAUGUGGGCUGCCUGCUUCAAGGACUACUCAGGAUUUAAAUUUUACUUGGAAAUGUGUGUUUUUAUUUUAAAGUAUAAACCCUGUUUGAUUAAGAUGGUAUCCCAACUUUUUGAAUGGUUUUAUUUAAAGCUCCUGUGAGGGUUUAUUUCAACUGUUCGUCAAACUAAUACCGAUGCUUCUUUAUGGCCUAACAAAGCAGACACGAUCGUUCACAUUAUGAGCGAUAAUUUUGUUAGUGAGUGACACAUUUCACUAUGAAAGAACUCAAGAUAAGAUGUUUUUGUCUGGAAAUGCCACCCUGGCAGGUCCAGAAUAAGAUCAGAGAAAUGAUGCAAUGCUCAUCUUUGCCUGUAGGGGGUGCCAAAAUGGACACAAACCAAAAGUUCCACAUGAUAGCCUUAAAAUAGCCUCCAUCUCAAUCAAGCACCACAGUAUGAUGGCACCCAUGCAUAACGCCUCAGUUUCAACAGUAUCAUAAAUGUAGAUAGACUACACUGCAGCACAUAAACUACGGUGUGGUGAAAUGGACAAAAGACCAUGAAGAUCUUUAGGAUGAGUUGAUUCUGGACUUUGACAGCAUCAUGAGCAACAUGUUACCCUGACAGAUUAAGUUAAUGUAACUUUUCUUACAUCUAUGUUUAAAGGUCACCUUCAGCACAAAGGGGACAAAAUGAAGUUCUCCACUCGGUUUGGUCAAGGCUCCAUCAUAGGAGUUCACCUGGACACCUGGCACGGCACCCUGACCUUUUACAAGAACAGAUCCUGCAUAGGUGCGUGAUUUUAUUCACCUUUUUCUCAUUAUUAUCUAUUGUCUUUAACCUGCCCCCAUGUGGAGUGUCUUCAUUAUUGUGUAUACGCUACUUCAUCAGGUGUUGCUGCCACCCGGCUGCAGAACAAGAAGUUCUUCCCCAUGGUAUGUUCCACGGCAGCAAAGAGCAGUAUGAAGGUGAUUCGUGCCUGCUACACACCCACCUCCCUACAGUACCUCUGCUGCACCAAGCUUCGCCAAAUGUUACCCUCCUGCCCAGAUGUACUAAACAAAAUCGAGCUGCCCCCAGGCCUGCGGACCCUCCUCCAAACACAGCUGGGCUGGAUCUUUACCCUCAACAGUAGCCCUGAGCCUGAGGCACCUGAACACGUGGACUUGAGUGAGGACUUCCAGGAGGAUAUGAGUCUGCCUUCCAGCCCCAUCCCAAGCCCAAUUUCCACCCUGAGUGCCUGUGCCUCUCCAAGCCCCUGCACCAGUCCGUUUCCUGACUCUGUCUCAUACCAAUGCCCCUGCCAGAUAUCACCACAAACGCAACCCUGCAAAUGCCACUGCCCCCCAACUCCGCCAAGCAGUGAUUACGACAGCUGCUGCUCUGAGCCAGAGGAUUACCAGUGCAAAAGAUGCCGCUGGACAUGACUCAGCAGAAAAAACCCUUUAUUAAGUGUUGACCGCCAGGUAUUCUGUAAAGGCCAUAAAUCUCUCCUUUUGAAUAUAGGGAAUUGAAGCAAUCAGCUUUUGGAUAAAAAUUGCUGCAUUUAUCUGUUUAUUUGUCAUAUUUAUGACAUUCAAAUCAUGAGUGGGGGCAGAAGAGAGUAUAUAAGAGAUGAUUAGAGUUCUUAUUUUAUCCAAAAGCUAAAAGCAUGUUAAUGAGAACCAUUUGUCCUGCUCCACUUUGGUUUUACUUCUCAAAUCUGCCAGUUUCUGUCUCUGAAAAGCUCUAAGUGUUUAUUCUGAGGUGUGGAGUCCAGAAAGGAGAUGAUCUGCUUUUUGAUACCAAAGACGAGACUUUUGUACAGUAAACGUGUUUUGUAAUCAGUGUUUGGCUUGAAUGCCAACAGUUGUAUUCUUGCUAACAAGAUGAAUGUUUUUUCUAUUGACAGUUUGUAAUGAACUUUCUUACUCAGGAAAUUCUGUUAAAUAAAAGAAAAAUGGGAA